UUUUUUUUUUCAAUUGAUUUUGGAAAUCGACGAUAUACUUGAAGCGGAGAAUGGAUCAAUUCGAUGCGCUUUUCCGAAGAGCAGAUUUGGAUCAUGAUGGAAGAAUCAGUGGAGCUGAAGCUGUUGCUUUCUUUCAGGGUUCUAAUUUACCUAAGCCAGUGCUUGCUCAGAUAUGGCAGCAUGCUGAUCAGAAUAGAACUGGCUUCCUUGGGCGUCAAGAAUUCUAUAAUGCCCUUAAACUUGUAACUGUUGCACAAAGCAAAAGAGAAUUAACACCAGAUAUAGUAAAAGCAGCCUUAUAUGGGCCCGCUUCAGCUAAAAUCCCCCCUCCUCAGAUAAACCUUUCAGCUCUUCCUCCAUCUCAACCCAAUCCAAUGACUCCACCUCAACGCCCUCCUACACAGCAGCCCGGAAUCGUCAAUUCCAUUCCUCCAUCUCAACCGAAUUCAAUGGCUGCUCCAAGCCCUCCUGUACAGCAGCCCGGAAUCAUCAAUUCCAUCCCUCCAAUGACUCAACCUCAACGUCCUCCUCCUACACAGCAGCCCGGAAUCGUCAAUUCCAUUCCUCCAGCUCAACUGAAUUCAAUGGCUCCAAGCCCUCCUGUACAGCAGCCUGGAAUUAGCAAUUCCAUUCCUCCCCAAGCUUUUGGUAUAAGAGGACAAGUCCCUCCGAAUUCUUCAGUGGCCCCACCUUCUUCUGUUCAGUAUUUCCCAUCCCAAAAUCAAUCAGUGAGACCAAACCCUAGUGUUGGUGGUGGGCCUAGUUUGCUGCCAGGUGGCGGGCUGUCAGGUCUCGCGGGCCCCGGUGUUCCAACUCCUAGACCAUCAUUAGGAAGUGGAAACAUUUCUGAUGCUAUGUUUGGAGGUGAUGUGUUUUCUGCUUCAAAAUCUUUAUCCAAUCCAACACAAACCGCAACUUCUGAGCCACAGGGUCCGGUCAAGAUUGACCCUCUUGGUGCAUUGACCGCUUUCACAAGGCAACCAGGUCCGAGACCGAGUCAACCGGGUCCAACUCAAACUCAAAACAAUUCAUUUGGGUCGUCUGGGUUUCCAGCUGAGGUGAAAACACAAGGUCCAAAUGUGUUGUCACAACCUCAGUGGCCAAAAAUGACAAGGGCAGGUGUUAAUAAGUAUAUGAAAGUGUUCAUGGAAGUUGAUUCUGAUAGAGAUGGGAAAAUUACUGGUGAUCAGGCACGUAAUUUGUUUACAAGUUGGAAACUACCAAGAGAAAUUCUGAAACAGGUUUGGGACUUAUCUGAUCAAGAUAAUGACAGCAUGCUUUCCUUAAGGGAAUUCUGCAUUGCUUUGUAUUUAAUGGAAAGAUACAGAGAAGGCCACAACCUUCCACCAACACUUCCUAGUAAUGUCUUACUUGAUGAAACUCUCUUGUCUCUCACUGGUCCACCUAAUCCUUCUUUUAGACCUCCAAACUGGGGGCCCACUUCUGGUCCGCCACCUCAGCAAGUGAUGCCUGGUGGUCAACCAAUGCCUCCACAUACUGGUUUAAUGAGGCCUCCUAUGACUGGUCCUCAGCCAUUGCUAUUUAAUAAUAAUAGUAAUAAUAAUAAUAAUAAUAAUCAGCAGAAAGGACCUAAUCACUCAAUGGAUACUUCUCAUGCAAAUAAUCUCACUAAUGGUGAUCAACAUACUACUCGUUCCACAAAUGAACCAGAAAAAGUGGUUGAGGAUAAGAAGUUGAUUCUUGAUUCUAGAGAAAAGAUGACCUUCUUCAGAAACAAAAUGCAAGACCUUGUGUUAUACAAAAGCAGAUGUGAUAAUCGUCUUAAUGAGAUCACAGAACGUGCCUUAGCUGAUAAACGUGAGGCAGAGUCUCUUGCCAAGAAAUACGAAGAGAAAUACAAGCUGGUGGCUGACGUGGCCUCUAAAUUAACUAUCGAGGAGGCAUCUUUCCGUGAUAUUCAGGAGAGAAAGAUGGAGUUGAAUCAAGCUCUUGUGAAAAUGGAACAGGGUGGUAGUGCUGAUGGCAUCCUUCAAGUUCGAGCUGAUCGUAUACAAUCGGAUCUUGAGGAACUACUGAAGGCAUUAUCAGAACGUUGUAAGAAGCAUGGAAUCAGUGUCAAAUCAACUGCAAUUAUUGAGCUUCCACAAGGGUGGCAGCCUGGAGUUCCAGAGAUAUCUGCAGUGUGGGAUGAAGAUUGGGAUAAAUUUGAAGAUGAAGGAUUCUCAUUUGAUGUUGUGGGACCUACAAAUCCUAAAUCCACAUCUCAACCAGAAAAGUCGGCUCCAAUGGAUAACUUUUCUCAGGAUUCAUAUUCAAAUGCUGACGUGGAAUCAGAGAAGCCUUUCGAGACUGAGUCAGCAUAUGAAGAUGAGUCAGCAAAAAGUCCAGCUGGCAGUCCCACAGCACAAAAAAUAUUUGAAAGUCCAACAAAGGAGGAUUCGUUUAGCCAUUUCGGAAAGAGCUUUGAUGCAGACACAGAUACUCAAAGUGGCUUUGAUGAUCAAGGAUGGGGUACUUUUGACAACAAUGAUGAUGUGGACUCAGUGUGGGGCUUCAAUAGUGAAGCCACUAAGGAACCCGAUCAUGAAAAACACGGAGAGAAUUAUUUCUUCGAUUCAAGCAGCUUCACCGCAAGUCCAAGGAGAACCGAUUCCCCUCACUCCAACACCUUCUUCCAAAAAAAGAGUCCAUUCGGAUUUGACGAUUCUGUCCCUGGAUCACCUGCAUCUCGAGCCGGGACCUCACCGCGUUACAGCGGGGGAGGAGCAGAGAAUUCCUUCUUCGACAAUUUCUCGCAAUACGACUCAUUCAGUGCCACGGAUCGCGGUUCACCAAAACGAGAUACGUUCUCACGGUUCGACUCCAUGAGCAGCACCACACAGGAUAAUAACAACUUCUCGAGGUUUGACUCGAUGAGUAGCACAACACAGGAUCGUAAUUUUGCAAGGUUUGAUUCUAUGAGCAGCAGUGCGGGGUAUGACCAUGGUCAAGCGUAUUCGUUUGAUGAUUCGGAUCCGUUUGGGUCGAGUGGACCGUUUAAGGUGUCAACAGAUAGUCAAACGGGUAAAAAUGAAUCUGAUAAAUGGGCGUUCUAGUUAUAUAUAUCAUUUCAUGUAAUUUUUUGUUUUGUGCUAUUGGUUUGAUAGUUGUGUUUGUAUCAUUUGCUUCAUCUUUGACUAUGUCUCUUUGGUAUAAUUUUGACUAGAAUUACCUAUAUUUGUUGAUUGUUAUUAUUAUGAAAUACUUGGUUUUGAUUGUUGGAUGCUUCUUUUAGACGUGUACCCAUUUUUCAUAUAACACCAAGUUUGUUGGUUGGUGUUAUAUGUUAUUAUUGUACACCAUUUUCUGUUGAACUUUCAUGUGUACUACAUUUUGGC